AUGUCUUCCAUCGUCAACAAGGUCAAGGACGCUCUCCACUCCGACAAGAAGCACGAGCAGCCUGAGGGCGUCUCCGGUCCCCACGGUAGCCGCGCUGCCAACGCCGCCGACCCUCGCAUCGAUUCUGACCGCGACCACCGCGCCAACCCUGCCGGCACCACUGGCACCCACACAGGUACUCACACUGGCACCACUGGCUCCGGCUUGACCGGCAGCCACGGCACCACCACCAGCACCACCGGCUACAACGACCCCGAUGGUGUUCACGGCCCCCACAGUGGACGCGUUGCCAACAAGGCUGACCCCCGCGUCGACUCUGACCGUGACCACCGCGGUGCUCCCGGCUCCGGUUUGACCGGUACCACUGGUACCCACGGCACCACCGGCUCCGGUCUUACUGGUGGCCACGGAACCACCGGCUCCGGCCUCACUGGUAGCCACGGCACCACCGGCACCACCGGCUCCGGUCUUACUGGUAGCCACGGAACCACCGGCUCCGGCCUCACUGGUAGCCACGGCACCACCGGCACCACCGGCUCCGGUUUGACCGGCUCUCACGGCACCACCGGCUCCGGCCUCACUGGUAGCCACGGCACUACCGGCACCACCGGCUACAACGACCCCGAUGGCGUUCACGGCCCCCACAGUGGACGCGUUGCCAACAAGGCUGACCCCCGCGUCGACUCUGACCGCGACCACCGCGGCGCUCCCGGCUCCGGCCUCACUGGUAGCCACGGCACCACCGGCUCCGGCCUCACCGGCAGCCACGGCACCACUGGCACCCACAACACCCACGGCAACUCCAGCUUGACCGGCAACCCCAGCACGGGCGCCACUGGCGGCGUCUCCAACACCCACAACGCUGCUGGCCACGUCGGCUCUGCCGUUGCAGGCACUCACGGCACCGGUCCCGCCCCCAACACCGCUGGACCCCACAAGUCCGACGCCAUGAACAAGGCCGACCCCCGCGUCGACUCGGACCUCGACGGCUCCAAGACCGUCGGCGGUAACAAGACCUACGCCCAGUAA